GCCGGGAGGGAGGGAGCGUUAGGCCGCGGGCGCGGGGGACAGGCCCGGCUCUGGGAAGCGGAGGGGGCCGCUGGAGGCCCGAGGCCGCGAUGCCGCUGCUCUUCCUGGAGCGCUUCCCCUGGCCCAGCCUGCGCACCUACACCGGGCUCAGCGCGCUGGGGCUGCUCGCCAGCGUCGUCAGCGCCUACCGCGCCCUCAGCCAGGGCCCCGCCGGGCCCCCGGAGCCUGCGCCCGCAGCCGGGCCCCAGCCCCUGGACGUCGCCUACUACCUGCUGUCUGACAGCCUCUGCGUCUGGGUACUGGUGAAUACUGCCUGCUGUUUCCUGAUGUUGAUUGCUAAACUAAUCCAGUGUGCAGUGUUUGGUCCUCUUCGUGUUAGUGAGAAGCAGCAUCUCAAGGACAAAUUCUGGAAUUUCAUCUUCUACAAGUUUAUCUUUAUCUUUGGUGUGCUGAAUGUUCAGACAGUGGAAGAGGUGGUCAUGUGGUGCCUCUGGUUCUCUGGGCUUGUGUUUCUCCACCUCAUGGUUCAGCUCUGCAAGGAUCGAUUUGAAUAUCUUUCCUUCUCUCCCACCACCCCAAUGAGCAGCCACGUCAGAGUCCUGGCUCUGCUGAUUGCCAUGUUACUCUCCUGCUGUGGUCUAGCAGUGAUCUGUGGCGUUAUCGGCUAUACGCAUGGAAUGCACACUCUAGCUUUCAUGGCAGCAGAGUCGCUACUUGUGACAGUGAGAACUGCUCAUGUGAUUUUACGUUAUGUAAUUCAUCUCUGGGAUCUCAACCAUGAAGGAACCUGGGAGGGCAAGGGAACGUAUGUGUAUUAUACAGAUUUUGUCAUGGAGCUAACCUUGCUUUCACUGGACCUGAUGCAUCAUAUUCACAUGCUGCUGUUUGGCAAUAUCUGGUUGUCGAUGGCCAGCCUGGUGAUUUUUAUGCAGCUGCGUUAUUUGUUCCAUGAGGUUCAGCGUAGAAUCCGUCGUCACAAGAACUACUUGCGUGUGGUUGGAAACAUGGAAGCUAGGUUUGCAGUUGCAACUCCUGAAGAGCUAGCUGUCAAUAAUGAUGACUGCGCCAUUUGCUGGGACUCCAUGCAGACUGCCCGUAAACUCCCAUGUGGGCACCUCUUCCACAACUCAUGCCUGCGUUCCUGGCUUGAACAGGAUACAUCCUGCCCCACUUGCAGAAUGUCUCUCAAUAUCACUGACAACCACCGAGUUAGGGAGGACCACCAGAGGGAGAAUCUAGAUGAGAACUUGGUACCUGUGGCAGUAGCAGAAGGCAGACCUCGCUUGAACCAGCACAAUCACUUCUUCCACUUUGAUGGCUCUCGUAUCGCUAGCUGGUUGCCCAGUUUUUCAGUGGAAGUGAUGCACACUACUAAUAUCCUGGGUAUUGCGCAAGCGAGCAACUCACAGCUCAAUGCUAUGGCCCAUCAGAUUCAAGAGAUGUUCCCUCAGGUUCCUUACCAUAUAGUUCUACAGGAUCUGCAGCUGACACGCUCGGUAGAAAUAACAACUGACAACAUCUUAGAGGGGCGCAUCCAGGUACCUUUCCCAACACAGCGUCCAGAUAGUGUUAGGCCUGCGACAAACAGUUCAGUGGAAAGGCAUAAUUCCGAUCAGGAGGAAGCGGAAACUGCUAUCCAGACUGAGAGAGUGCCACUUGAACUCAGUCCGAGACUGGACGAGAUGGUGGAGUUCAGUGAAAUGGAAUCAGAACCCAGUGAGACAGAAGAUUUUGAGGCCAGAGGAAGUCGCUUCUCCAAGUCAGCUGAUGAAAGGCAGCGUAUGUUAGUUCAGCGGAAGGAAGACCUGCUGCAGCAAGCUCGCAAGCGUUAUUUAAACAAAACCCCUGAUGAGGACUCCACCUCCGAGAGCCCCUUUCUGUCUGAGGGUGCUGCCUCUGACCCCGUCACCGUGCGCCGCAGAAUGUUAGCCGCUGCUGCCGAACGGAGACUGCAGAUGCAACAGAUCUCUUAGCACUCUCUGCUGCUGCCACCACCGCCUCCUCAUGAGCAAUGUUUAAAUAAAUAAAUAAAUAAACCCUGCACUCUUCAUACCAGCAGGAAGUCUCUCUUCCAAGCUCAGCUAGCUGUGCUGAUGAGUGAGCUGGCUGCGUCUCUGCUGUAUAAAGCAUGUGGUCUAAUAGUGUUUGGACAGCUGACAGAUUAACCUUUCGUUUGGUAAUAUUUUCUAUGUGACACUUAUCCCCUUCACAAACAAAUGCAGUUUUUAAAGCUUGGGCGUGAUUUCUGCUGCUAGCAUAAGGCGCAGGCCUGCGGCAGAGGCAAGGGAAAGACUGCAGCCUAGAUUAACAGCUGUGUGCAUAGGUCGCUGGAGGUGCUUGCGUGUUUAGCUUGAGAUCAUCCAAGGGGAGUAUUAGAAGAAAGAAUUGAAGUGUUGAGAUUCACAGCGAACCCCAUCUUAAGUCAGCAGGCAGCCACGGCCAAGUUACGGUACAUAUCAAGAAUGAGUAAAAAAUGUUACACAGGCCUGCUCGGACAUCGAUAAAUGCUGAAAUGUGGGAGCAGGCAUCCCAGCAUGGUGCUGGGAAGCGAAUUCUUAGAGUGGAUGGUCACAGUUGUCUAACUACAAAACUUAUAAGUAAAGCAUGGGUUGUACAGUGAGGUGCUAGCUCAUGCUGGUCUCAGUAAAACAAUUUCUUUGACCGUUUCUGAGCUCCUCUUCACUUCCCCUUUCUAGCUCUGCUCACUCCCUGGAGCUUUUAUUUUUCUAUGCAUUUCAUUGCCAGCGGCAGAUGGGUGGCUGAGAAGAAUAAAGCUAAAAAGGGGUCACAAGGCAAAUAGAUUAGACAUUUGAAAUCAGUGUUACAAUAUGUUGGUGGAAUGUAGUUGAAACCUACAAGUUUGGUCUCUCGAGUGACAUGCAAAGAAGGGUCCAUACACGGAUGGAUUGGACUUUAUUGAAGAGACCAGUGACGGCUACAGUAUCUUGCUUUUUAUUUUUUUAACCUUGCAUUGUGUAGUAAUAUACCCAUUAGUUUAAUCGAAUGUACAGACGCAAGAAGAAUCAAGGCUGCUGACCUUCAGGUUAGCUGUGAACAAAUCCCAACUUUUCUCAAAAAAUUUAAAGACCUUUUGACUUUAGACACAUUUGAAACCUACAAUCCUAGGUUAUAUAGCUCAGUUUUACAUGACAGUGGCUUAAUUUUAAAUGUUUUGAGGAGUGUCUUCUAGUAUCACUGUCCUUUGGAAGGAGCCCAGUAUUAUCUAGAAUUAUUGGUAAUUUUUUUUUUUACUGCCGGUUUUUAGGACAUUUAAGUGAAUUUAAUGACAGGAUGAAUCGCAGAAAUGUUUUGGUGAAGAUAAUUUAUUUUGAUGAAUCUCUUUGGAAUGCCUUACCUUGCAGUGCUGUUAGUAAACUUUCAAAUGUGUGUGUGUAAGAGAGAUUUGGUUUUGCUCAGAGCACAGCUGUUUGUUUUAUUGUUUAAAAAAAUUAAAAAAAACACCACCCUUCUUGAUCAGUG